AAACGUAAAUUAAAACAAACUUCGAGCUUAUCCAAGUCUCCACUGCUCUCCCGAAGAUUGGAACAGACCGACAUCGAAACUUACGAUACUGACUCAUUGAAUCAUUUGCGUUUGAUCAAUUCUAGGUUUAUUGUAAGAGAGAAGGAAUUGAAUAAUUAGCAGCGCAGUGCAGUGCAAAAUGAUCGGAAAACUGUACGUGCAGACGGUGCCGCCGGCGGAUCUGAACCGGAACACGGAGUGGUUCAUGUAUCCAGGUGUAUGGACCACCUACAUAUUCAUACUCUUCUUCUGCUGGUUGCUCGUUCUCUCCGUUUUUAAUUGCACGCCGGGCAUGGCAUGGACCGUUGUUAACCUCUGCCACUUUGUCGUAACUUAUCACUUCUUCCAUUGGAAAAAGGGAACUCCUUUUGCUGAUGAUCAGGGAAUAUAUAAUAGGUUGACAUGGUGGGAGCAGAUUGAUGAUGGAAAGCAGCUCACCCGCAAUAGAAAGUUCCUAACAGUUGUACCCGUGGUGCUCUACUUGAUAGCCUCACAUACAACUGACUACCAACACCCAAUGCUCUUCUUCAACACACUUGCAGUUCUUGUUCUAGUUGUUGCCAAGUUCCCGAAUAUGCAUAAGGUCCGAAUCUUUGGAAUUAAUGGGGAUCAGUGACUUGAUCCCUUUUGUAUCAAGGGCCUGUUUGAUUUUCUGUAUGGGAUGGCGCUUUAUAGGACUGGAGACACUAUUAACUCCUUUUUGUCCUAAAUCCUAUCCAGUGCUAUUUGUCCGACAUAUCAAACACGGCUGUACAAAAAUAUGUCUGGUCCCCAUUAUACUGCAAAGAGGGUAAUGCCUGUAUAGAAGUUGAAACUGAAACUUACAUCUGGUUUGUAAUAGAAUGUGGUUUGCUCUACAGACUUAUUAGCUUGUGUAUUUAUGAUUAUUUUGAUUUUACCGGCUGGCGUAUUUGAGCA